UUAAAUUAUUACAGAUAAACAUGCACCCAAAAUACAUGGGAUAUUACUCUUUCAUCAAAAAAAAAAAAAACGAAGAGAGAGAGAGAGAGAGAGAGAGAGAGAGAUUACUCAUACAGCCAAUAACACUCCGUAUCUGGACGCAGUUUCGCAUCCCAUGUAGGGUUUUUUUAGCUAAUCCCAAUUCCGCAAAAAGAAAAGAAAAGAAAAGAAAAGAAAAACGUUUCGAUUUCCUCCGAUCCAGGCUCUUCGCGCAAACAUCCUUCUCGUACUCGACCCACCAUAUAUAGUACCAAUACUCUACGAAAGUGUCCCCCAAACCCAAAAAACUUCUCUUCUCUCCCUCCCUCAAUAAUGGCGAUUCUUCGUAGACCUUCUGUGAUUUCUUUUUCUUUUCUGGUCCUUGUUUCCUUUCUGGUGGGCUUCUCGUGGGCCUCCCCGGACAUGUCAAUCAUAGACUACGACGCCAAGCACGGCAUUGUGGUCCCCACCGAGAGGAGCGAGACGGAGAUGAGGGCCAUGUACGAAUCGUGGCUUGUCAUUCACGCCAAAGCCUACAACGCCCUCCGCGAGAAGGAGAGACGCUUCGAGAUCUUUAAGGAUAAUCUCCGCUUCGUCGACGCCCACAACGCCGCCAACCGGACCUUCAAGCUCGGCCUUAACCGCUUCGCCGAUCUCACCAACGACGAGUACAGGGCCGGGUUUUUGGGGGUCAAGAUCGACCGGAUAGGCACACUCUUUGGCUCGAGGAAGAGCGAUCGCUACGCUUUUCGAGCCGGCGAUGAGUUGCCGGAGUCCAUCGAUUGGAGGGACAAAGGCGCGGUUGCUCCGGUCAAAGAUCAAGGACAAUGCGGGAGUUGCUGGGCAUUCUCAACUAUUGGUGCGGUUGAAGGAAUAAACAAAAUCGUGACUGGCGAACUAAUCUCGCUGUCGGAGCAAGAACUGGUUGAUUGUGACACAUCUUACAACCAGGGCUGCAAUGGCGGUCUCAUGGAUUAUGGCUUUGAGUUUAUAAUCAACAAUGGUGGCGUUGACACCGAAGAAGAUUAUCCUUACAAGGCUCGCGACGGUCAAUGUGAUCCUAAUAGGAAAAACGCUCACGUUGUGACCAUUGAUGGUUACGAAGACGUGCCUGAAAAUGAUGAGAAAGCGUUGAAGAAGGCUGUUGCAAAUCAGCCUGUUAGUGUUGCUAUUGAAGCUGGUGGACGGGAGUUCCAACUCUACCAAUCGGGUGUGUUCACAGGACGCUGUGGAACUCAACUAGACCACGGUGUGGUCGUCAUUGGUUACGGAACAGAAAAUGGCGUAGACUACUGGAAGGUGAGGAACUCUUGGGGACCAAGUUGGGGAGAGAAUGGCUACAUCAGGAUGGAGCGCAAUUUGGCUGGUGCCUCACAUGGCAAGUGUGGAAUUGCCAUGGAGUCCUCAUACCCCAUCAAGAAGGGUCAGAACCCUCCCAACCCCGGGCCAUCCCCGCCAUCUCCACCUGUGAAGCCCCCGGCUGUUUGUGAUGAAUACUAUUCGUGCCCUGAGAGCAGCACCUGCUGCUGCAUCUAUGAGUAUGGCAAGUACUGCUUUGCUUGGGGAUGCUGCCCUCUUGAGUCUGCAACCUGCUGUGAUGAUCACUACAGCUGCUGCCCUCACGACUAUCCCGUCUGCGAUCUUGACGCGGGAACUUGCCGCGUGAGCAAGGACAAUCCCUUUGGAGUUAAGGCAUUGAAGCGAGCUCCCGCCGUGAAAUCUCGGUUUCCCUUCCUGCAUAUUGGGAUAAUCGCACGGCCAUGAAAAGCUUUGAGGCUCCAUGGGGUUAAGAAAGAGGAAGACGACCUAAGUUGAGUUUCUUUGAUAAAACUGAUUGAUCUUGUUAAACCCCAUACCCAAUUGGAGGCUGCUAACAAAAGAAAUGAUUUGUCUUUAGAGAAGUAUCAUUUGGUGAACCGUCCAUAAUUAUUUCAACAAUGGUUUAGUUUGGGUUUUUUUUUUUUUAUUAUUAUUAUGAUGAUCUCUGUAAAUAAACAAGUUCUUUGCCAAACAGAAACAAUUGAAUUACCGUUUAACCGUUCAAUCUCAAUGUGCAUGAAUG